UUCUUAAAAUGCCAUCGAUAUUUUCGAUUCCUGUUCACAUACUGAUCAAGCAAAAAGGAGAGUAACAUCUUUGAAAAAAUCACCGGUAAUUUUGAAAAAGAAUUUCCGAUUGGCGUUGUGAGUCAGAGAUUCGAAGCAAUGGCCGAUCACGCCGCUGAGAAUGAAAAGCACGAAUCGGCUGCUGAAUCGAUUGUUGAUAAGAUCACGGAGAAGUUUCACGAUAAUGAUUCGUCGUCAUCCGAUUCCGACGACGAAAAGGACAUUAAGGCGAAGGCAGCUGCCGUCAAGGCCAAGAUUUACCGUCUAUUCGGCCGCGAAAAACCUGUGCACAAGGUUCUAGGCGGAGGAAAACCUGCUGACAUUUUCCUAUGGAGGGACAAGAAAAUUUCUGCUGGUGUGCUUGGCAUUGCCACCACAAUUUGGGUGUUUUUUGAAUUGCUUGAAUACCAUUUACUCACUCUAGUGUGCCAUAUCCUAAUUCUUGCUCUAGCAAUCCUUUUCCUGUGGUCCAAUGCAUCUUCCUUCAUCAAUAAGUCUCCACCUCGAAUUCCAGAAGUCAUCAUUCCUGAGGAUUUUGUUCUAGGUGUAGCUUCUGCCUUAAGGAUUGAGUUCAACAGAGCUCUUGCAAUCCUCCGAGAUAUUGCAUCUGGGAGAGAUCUGAAGCAGUUCCUUGCUGCAAUUGCUGGUCUGUGGGUACUUUCAGUUCUGGGAAGUUGCUGGAACUCCCUAACCUUGUUCUACAUAGGUUUUGUUUUCUUGCACACUGUACCAGUACUAUAUGAGAAAUAUGAAGACCAAGUAGAUGCUUUUGCUGAGAAAGCCGAAGCAGAGAUCAAGAAACAAUAUGCCGUGUUCAAUGACAAGGUUUUGAUUAAAAUUCCAAAAGGCCCACUGAAAGACAAGAAGCUGGCUUAGAAUCUCGCCAAGGUGGUCUUAUUAGGUUUACAGUGAUGCUUGUAGCUUCGUUUUUCCAUUUUGUUGUUAAGACUCAAGCCAUAUGGUAGAUAACCCAUGUUUACUGGUUUGUUUCACCAUGUUUGGAUUCAUAAUUUAAUCAAAUAUAUAUUUGUGAGGAAAUCUCACAAAUUUUGUGCGACUAAAUGGCACCAUUGUUGCACGAACUAGUUUGCACUAGUGCUUAGAGUAAAUUAUCGCUUGUUACAA